AUGAGCCGCGAGACCCUUCCGUCUCCCCGAGUAGGCCAGUUAAACCAAGGAGAAUACCGAAGAUCACAGGAAUCGACUAGCUUGCAAGGCUACCGACCAGAGGAGUUUCAAGUUACAAUAAGAAAGAAGCCAUUUAUAGCAACGAUAAGUUCCUCAAACGACAGCUUCAUUUCUUCGGAAACGGUAGAUUACUUAAGGUUGAAGACAGACAGAAUAAAGCAGCCUUGGAAGUACAGGCAUCCUGGUUCUGGAAAAGAGUACGAUAUUCGCGAGAGUGUCAGAAUAAAUAUUGAGCCUAUGGGCGGAGCAAAGUUGAAGGACGUGCAGCUAUACGUCCUCUCGAAGAGAUGUCCCAUCAAGAAUCCGGUCGUUCUUGGAACGGACAUACUGGGCACAGCCGAAUACGCAGCGUCAGACUUCCCUUCUUCUGAUUCUGGAUAUGGAACCGCAGGUUCAAGACGGCCAUCGUUCAAUCAGACUGCCGUAGCUUAUCAUUCCGCAACUCACACUGCAGACCAACCAAGCUAUUCAUCGCCAUCGCCUCCAUACCAUCAGCCAAUAUAUCCUCAGAGCAUCCCCAGCGUACCAAGCUUAUCGUACUCGACCUCAUCAUAUUCGACGGAAGAAGAAAGAACAUCGUCUUAUGGAAGUUCCCAGUCUUACUACCCACCUCAUAACACCUCCGCAGAAACAACAAUAAGCCGAGACUCGGGAUUUUCGACUUUCGGCUCUGGUGGCCACCUAGGCGCGGUAGGUGCGUCCGGAUCUGGGGAACGAGGAAUGGAAGAUAAUCUCCCCGGUGACAAUGACAACUACACCUUGCAUUCCAAUUCCUACACAUCAGCCUCAGCAUAUAUCCCUCGACCUCCUUCCGGUGAUGAGCCUAAGAAUGUAUAUUCUUCUGCGUCAGACGACACUGUAUACGCCGACUACGUCGCACGCUGA